AUGGCGUUUACCCCAGUCCACUCCACGAAAUUCACCCCUCUUCCACACUUCUCGCCCCUCGGCCCUGCCUUCCCUCCUCUGGUAGCCGUCGGUACAUGGCAUCCCCACACCUACCGGCCUCCCACCAAGCGAGUAACGCCGUACUUCAUUUCCGAUAUAUUGGGCAUCCCACCCGACCCUUCAGCCGUGGCGGCCGCCGCAGCUUCGGCAGUGGAUAGACAUCACGCCCACUACCAUUACCAUCACUCGCAGUCGGGAGCCCUGGGUCGAUCGUCGGGCUGCCCCUGGGAUGCGACUACGCUGGCUCAGGCAGCCGAGUUUCACGCUCACUGUCGUGGACUCCGUGCCUCUUUCAAACACGCCGUCGAGAAGUCGGGUUACGAGAAGACGAAACACGACCCAGCAUCUUGUGACACUCAUUUCUUGCUUAGCCAUAAACAUUCUAAACUGGGCCUAGACGAUAAGACAAUUGACCUGAUAAACGGCGACGCAGGUGGAAAUGACAGCGACAUAUCGGACUGCAAAUCAGACACCAGCUCGAUCUCGAAACGAAAACUGCCCGGGGACGACGAUGACGACGACGAUUCCUCACCAAACGAUCCUUCUAAUAAGGAAAAGAAGAAGAAAGCGAGGACGACUUUCAGCGGGCGGCAAAUCUUUGAGCUAGAGAAGCAGUUUGAAGUGAAGAAGUAUCUAUCAGCAAGUGAGAGGGCCGAGUUAGCAUCCCUGCUGAACGUUACCGAUACACAGGUGAAAAUAUGGUUUCAAAAUCGUCGGACGAAGUGGAAGAAAACAGAGGGUAUAUCGAACGCCGAGGCCGCCGAGCACAAGAUUGGUGGACCAAAACAUAUCGAUACGAUCAGACAAAAACAGAUCGACGCUAACAAAGGAAAACUUUGCGACGAGGCUGGCCUAGUCAAGAUCGAAAAACCAGACGAGAAGGUAAACGAAUCUCUUAUCCAGCUUCCAGUCAAUGACGUCGGGGUUGAAAGAUCGGUAAGCGGGCCCACUAUCAGUACAACGGCUAAUUCUGUCAUCAUUCCCGAAACACGGUUUGAAGUCAAUGACCACGACAGAGACACUAAGAUCCUUGAACCUGUUGUGAAAGAGAGUGUUUGCAUAGAGCUUUGCCGGGCUCCUCUAGAAAGAUGUCACUUUGAAGUAGGACGGCCAUCUCCACCAGAUAUUAAAGAAGAAGUACACGAAGAAUUCUCAGAGGGCAUCCUCAAACCAGAGAACAUUUGCCAUCCUUUGGACAGACCUAUAGAAACUGAUAAUUGUCAUUCAGAAACAUGAAUUGUUUCCACCUAGGGGAAAAUAGUCCUCUCAUUCUAAUGUGUAUAUUUUGAUUUUAAACUUACACUGGAUGUAUAUUUACUGCAGUAUGGUAUCAUUGUAUGGAAUAAUGCAUCUCUUUGUCUAAAAUACUGUUCGAGGAAAGAAAGAACCUACAGCUGUAGAAGUUCUUGUCUUGAUUUGUUUACUUUAGCUUGUGAGCGAUUUCUUUAUAAAAAGAUUAUCAUGUACACAGUUUUGGUACUCUAUAUAGUGUAGUAAUUAUUAGAGAAGUGGUUAAUUUUGAUAAAGUCGUCGGGACUCCAUAAAUUUUGUGUUCAAAUCGUCUAUACAUUCUAUAUCUUGCCUCAUCUUUGUUUAGAGUCCCAAGCAAACAAGAACAAAAUCAUAUAUUAUCACAAUCAAAUAAAUUAUGUAGGAGAAACGUUUCAGAUUAUUUACAUUCGUAAUUUUAUGCUUCUCACGACAGCUCACCAUCGGUCGGUUAUGUCAAUUUUUUUCUGAAACAAUUUACUCACGGAGGGCAAAAUGUUGUUUAUUGUACAAGUUAUGGUAGUAAUUUUCCGUUAUGCUGCACUACCUGACUGACUACGAAAGACUUUUAUACUAAUUCAAUGAAAAACAAAAAAAAAAUCUGAUAUGGAAAAACAUACCAACGGGGCAAGGGGGGGGGGGGGGGGGGGUCACGAAGAUGUUCGAUCCCAUGGAGAUAGAUGAUAACUUUCUUGCUAUCAACUUGUUUUAUUAAAUCUUUGGGAUUAAUUUUCCGACUCGACAAACAGGAAUGUUACCACUAAUCUUGAAUCAUCAACCCAACGCCUUGUCUAAGUCUAGUUGUGCAUGUAUUGUUACACGAGAUGCUAUAGAGAAUAUACCUAAUAUUCCAGAUAAUAUAUCGGUAACUAACACCACGACCUGCUUUGAGUACAAAUCCUGAAGCAGAAUACUGAAUAGCAGAACUUGUAAGAAUUAAAGAAUUAUAACUGCUGCAUGACUCUAGAUGACAUGAAAUAAACUUUCCAAGUAUUUUCAUCUUCACAGUAUCAUUACCUAACCUGCUAAAUAAACAUCUUUGGUCAUUAAAAUGGUAUCCAUAAGUCAUAACAGUUGCAAUGAAAUUAACUUAAUGGUGUUUUCAGUAUCACUUCCUUUUAUAAAACAUGAAAAACUUUCAUUUCAUUGUAGCAAAUUAGAAUACUCAUUCCAUGUUUCUUCCAAUGUUCAUAUUUUUGUUGUCUUCUCAAGUAUCCAGUGGCUAGAAGAAAUUGAGAUAGAAAGUGUUUUCAAAUAAUUCGAUUAAUAUUCCACAUCGGUUUAAAAAGAAGAGUAGCAGUGAUAACACGCCCUUGAAACCGAAGAAUAGUUGUGAAUAACAAUAACGUCUGCUAAACUGACGUGAAAUAUCUGAAUUCAAUUUAUGACUCUUUUUAGUUCAUUUUAUUUAUGGUGAUUUCUGCUGAUUGCAUGCAUUUCUCCUCAUCCAAACUCUGAGUAUAAAUGGGUUUCUUACAAAGCAAAGCUUUCAGACACGUGUUGUCAAAUCCAAUCCAUCAAAUCAAUUAAUAAUUAUUUACUUAAUCUCGUCCAGCCCUUUACAUUAUCUUUCCCGCCUUUGAAUCGUCUGCACAUCUAUUCAGACCUUAAAUCCUCCCAACGUGUUAAAAUCAUUCGAUUGUUACAGCAGAGAUCGAGGUACUGUGUAUAUAUAUAUUUUUUUUACAUUAGCUUUGCCGAGCAAACAUGGACGUCUGAAAAGUCUAUUUGUCGUCAGUAUAUUUCUUCAUUGACACAGUUUAAGAGAGUAUAAUGAAAGGCGUUACAUGAGGAGAUAAUUACUCUUAAAUUAAUUCAACAGAAUCUGGUAUCAUUGGUGAGUAUAGACGCUUAAAGAGGCAUUUAAGUGGCAGUUUUCAUUGGUUACAUUUUAUGUUUACUCGACAUUUUUAAAUGGCGACACAAGACCAGCAAAUGCUGUCCAAAAUAGUAAGCUUGGACUGGUGUGACAAACUGGUCCAAAUGUCCUUGUUGAUAUCGAUCUCUUGACCCCCCCCCCAAAAAAAAAAGUAAGAAGUAGCAGUUAGAUCGUAAUGAAUAUUUCUAGGAAGUUCAUUACAAAAAUCACUUCAAAAUUCUACUUAAGGGGACUUUUUUAUCAAUCGUACAAAUGAAAUGCUAUACAUACUCGAUAAAAUUAUUGUGACGAUCAAUAUGGAGAACAAAAUUAUGUAGGCAAUAAUAAUUAUAUGAAUUAAUUGAUAAUAUUUUUUCCAAUACCCUGGUUUUCGAGGUCCGUGUAAUUGAUUUUAAGUAAAGGGCUGACAAAAUGUAACCCUUAUCAUGUUUAUCUGCUACUGUUAAUGACAGAAGGAUUUCAGUUUUUCAAAAUCAGUAUUGUACUGAUGACGUAAUAAAUGUCAUUUUGCUUAAUUGAUUGCAAAAUACUGAAGUUGUUUUCGAUCUUAAUGCAAACUCCUUGUAUAAAUGAAAUGAAUUACCAUUAAAGAAAAAGGUUAUUUGUAAAGAUUAUGAUAAAUUUAUAAAUAUAUAUAGUCCACUUUAAGUGGAUCACUUA